AUGGAGAGGCAAAGAGCAGUUUCUCAAACAAAUGUCACCACAUCUUCGGCUCUGACUGGGUUCUUUUGGCUCUUGUCGUCCAGGCCACGCGUCCAGCUCGCCAUUUUAAAGGAGCUAGAAACGAUUCGGAUACGAAAUGGUAAAAGUAUCGGCGAUACGUAUAGUUUCGACGAGCUCCGAGACAUGCACUAUUUGCACGCGGCCAUUUCGGAGGCCAUGAGGCUGUACCCUCCCGUACCGGCACUGGCGGAUCCAGAAAUUUUUUAG